UUGGCUGAUGGCGUGAACUUUAUCGCCAUGUCUCACAGACUGACCAAGGAGGAGCUGGAUGAACAGUUUGAGCUGUUCUUAAAGGAGUCUGCUUCAGAUGACUCGGUGGAUUUUGGCGGCUUUGACAAGAAGACUUCUGCUAAAAGCAGCAAGAAAACAUCGGAGAAACCCACAGUGUCCUGGUGGCCUGACGAUGAACACAGCGACGGAGGAGCAGGGAAAGGACUACAGGGGCCUGGGAGGACUUUCAGGAAGUCUAUGAGGAGGUCUCAGUGUAUUCAGGAGGAGGAGGAGGAUUCAGGAGAGUCUGGUUCAAAGGACGGAGGGCUUAAAGAUGCAGCUUUUAGCACGGAGAACUCUAAAAUACACGACGUAGGGAUGGUUCCAGGUGGGAACACAACCAGUUUGGGUUUGGACACUCUGGACGAGGAAGAGGAGAAGGCCCGAUUCUUUUCACAGCUGGAGGCGGGCGCUUCAUCAACCGUAGAUUACUCGAAGCUGAACAGGGAGCUGGACUCGACAAGUUCUACAGACGGCGCAAACCGCAGGAAAGCAGAAGAAGAGGUGGAGCAGAGUGAUGAUGAUCAGAAGACACCCAGAGCCACAGAAACCAUCAGAGAGUCUCCAGACUCUCCGCACUACAGCGAGGAUUUUGAGGAAGAAGAGAACGAGAAAGACAAACCAAAGGAGGAGAAGUCUAAAAUGCCUCAAAUUUUGGCCAAAGUGUCUCUGUAUGAUUCUCUGGAGGACACUGGUGGAGAAGAGAGAAGGAAGGACGCAGAGGGGUCUCUGGACAGAGGUCAGCCGUAUGUGCAGAGUGGAGGCUCGGAGAUGGAGGCUCUCCACGAGGCCUACAGACAGAUCCAUGUGGUGGCAGAUUCAGACGACGCUGAUCCUCAUCUGGACGGGAGGGGGAGGGUCAACAGACCCGUGUCUCCAUCCCCCCCUCCUCAUCCUCAUGCCAGACAAUCUCUUCAGCCCGCUUCAACCGCUGAGUCAGAGCUCCCCACUGCAGAAGAGUUAAUGAGACCCAUCAGGCCAGAGGAGGACCACGUCAGAGGCUUCACCCUGCAGCCUGUCAGCACCGUAGGACUCGACAAUAAAAAGUCAUCCAACUUCCUAGAGAGGACUUAUCCAGAUGUGACUUCCCCAGAGUUACAAGGGAACGAAGCAGGAAAGGCCGUCCAGGCGGCUCGAGGGGGAAAGGGAGCCAAGGGAUCGGGUAGCCACCUGUCCGGCUCCCCAGACUCUCCAAACCAUAACCUGACUUGGAGCAUCAGACAGGAAGUAGAGCGUCUGAUGAAGGAUCAGAACAAACAUGGUUCAAACACGUCCCCUCAGACCAGCAGAGCUAAGAAACAACCGGUUUCCCUUGGCUCCACUUUCUCUCACCCUCCUUCAUCUUCAGCGAGGACCCCCGCCGCCGUUUCUCAGAUAAGGGGCUGGAGAGUGGAGGGGAGGACAGCGGUGACUUCAAGGUCUGCAGGGUCAAGUAGAGCUGCUGCUGCUGCGGCCAAAACUCAAAGCAAUGCUUCACGUCCUCUGCAGCAUCCACACGGAAGAGCCAAAGUCACAUGGAGUAAAGAAAAAGAUAACCACACAGAUCCAGGCUCGAGGGUGAGCAGUGAGCUGGUGUCUUCAGUUCAGUCCUUAGUGAGCGUCCUAAAGCAGCAGAUAGACACCAGCCGACAGCACGAGGCCGCAGACACACGGGAAGUCAGUGAUCAUCAAGAAACCAGACUGACUCAUCGUCUUCAAAAUAACAAAGAAAAGAACUGUGAUGAAGUCCUGUUGCUAUUUGUUUCCUUGUUGUUACACUGUCGUCAUUCAGUGUCGGUGUCUCUCUCACAGCACGAGGAGGAGGAGGAGGAGGAGGAGCGUUCUCUGAUGGAGGAGCUGAGAGUGAAGCUGGCUCGGAGAGACCGAGAGCUGCAGGUGUUGAAGGAAGGAGCGGAGGAGAUCGCCUCACUGAGACAGCAGAACUUCCUGCUGCAGAGCAAGCUGAGAAGUGCAGAAGAAGCGAGUCAGAGGAAGAGAUCAGAAGAGACCUCGGACUCUGCUGCAGAGGAGAGGCUGCAACAGACGGAUAAAGAAAUCAGAGAGCAGGAGACGCUCAUUAAAGGUUACCAGCAGGAGAACGAGAAGCUGUAUUUGCAGAUGAAAGCCCAGCAGGCCAAGAGUAAAGCCAACGAGGACGCCAUGUUUAACGAAAACCAGACGCUGCUGAAUCAGCUGGCGUUCACCAGGGAGCAGUUGAACAGAAACUCAAGGCCUGUUGGAAACGUCUGCUCAAUGGAUCACACUCGACGCAUUUCAGACCUGUUGGCUCAAAUAAACACAUUUCAGAGGAAUGAGGCCGAGCUGUGUGAGGACCUUCGCAGACUGAAGCAAGAGAAGCAGGUUCUGGAGACCGACCUGCAGCUGAGGAAGAGGGAGAGAGACCAGGCUAAAACUCAGGCCCUGCGUGUGUUGGAGGAAAAGCACAGAGAGGAGGUGUCAGCCCUGAAGAAGAAGCUGCAGUGGUUUGCUGAGAACCAGGAGCUGCUGGACAGAGAUGCCGGCAGACUGAAGGCCGCUACGGCUGAGAUACAUCAACUCAAAGAACAGGUAGAAAAACUGAAAACCGAUGUGAGCAAACGGAGCAGUGAGCAGCAGAGGAAGGCCCGAGAGAAAACCGGGGACAUCAGGAGGAUGCAGGAUUUGGAGAGACAGGUGAAGGAGCUGGAGCAGAUUCUCAGAAGUCGAAACCCAAACUCCCUGCCUGCUCUGAUCUACGCUGCAGCCUCGGCUGCUGGUUCAGAGGAUGUGGACGCUGUCAAAAUGGCCCCGCCGAGCAGGGUCAACGCCCUGUUGGAGCGCAGGAUUCAGCGUUUGGAGGCGGAGCUUGAGAGUCACGACGAGGAGGCCAAGCGUAGCCUGCGAGCCAUGGAGCAACAGUUCCACAGGAUCAAGCUCCGCUAUGAGCAACAAAUCUCAGACCUGGAGCUGCAGCUUGAACAGAAGCAGCAGCUGGAAGCAGCAGACUCAGCAGCUGCAUCAGAGCCCUGCAGCUCACAGGUAAAAACUCUGGAGGACGAGCUUCAGCGUGUGAAGGAAACCCACCAGGAGAAAGAAAACUCCCUGAAGGACCAGAUUGAGUCUCUCCGGCAGCAGCUCAAACAAAAGGCCCAGCCAAGUCCAAGCCGACACCAGCGCCAGGCCGAGGCGGCGUUCGGUGUCCGGAUCGACCGCCUGAACCAGGAGCUCGCUGCCAAGACCCGGACCGUUCAGGAGCUGAGCCACACUGUGGAGAGGCUGCAAAGGGAGAGGAGGAACACGCUGCCGUCUGUCCCCAAACCACGACCGGAAACUCGCUCUGCAGAAACCAAACGACAACCAGGACCUGCGAAAACUCUCAGCUCUGCCCCUGCAGGAGACGCGUGUGGACGAGAGGAGACAUUUCCAGCUGCUCAGUAUGAGAAAACAUACCAGCCCACCGUCUUCACAGGCAGUCACAUCUCCGAGGUUCUGCAGGAGAACGAGGAUCUGAAGCGGGACCUGGACCUCCUGCAGCAGCAGAGCGAGCAGGACCGGGAGGCCCUGAAGGCAGAAGCUGCUCAGGCCAGAGAGGAUCUCUGCAGGCUGAAGGAGCACUCUGCACAGCAGCUGUCCUCCGUGAAGACUGAACACCUCAGGGUCUUGGACCAGCUGCGAGCCACCCACGCCUUUGAGCACUCCGCCUCAAAGCUGGCUGAACUGACCAAUAAGCUCAACGCUCAGGAGAUUACGGUGAAACAUCUACAAGACCAGCUGAGAGAGCUGCAGGGAGCCAAAGACGCGCUGGCCAUAUCAAGGACCAGAGAGGACGCUCUGCAGAAACAGCUGACCAGACUUCUGCAGGAGUUAAAGGAAGCUAAAGAAGCUCAGAGUCCAGAGGUGAAGCUGCUGUGCAGUCUGGAGAGGAAGAUUUUCAACAUGGAGCUCAGACACCAGCACAGAGAGAAAGAGCUGCAACAGGUGAUCGGCAGCUCGUGGCAGACGUCGGACGCUGAUCAGCAGACGGAGGUGGAGCACUGGAAGCGUCUGGCUCAGGACAAGAGCAGAGAGCUGGAGGCUUUCCGUCUGGAGCUGGACUCCAUCCUGGACAUCCUGAGACACCUGCAGAGACAAGGAGUGGUCCUAACCCCCGUCACAGCUCCCCUCGACGCCAAGAGGAGUUAACGCACUGAUGGAUGUCAGAGACGCUGAGUGUUUUCUUUGAAAAGAUGGACACUUUAAGUGACGCUUACUUUCUCAGCUUUAGAAAAAAAAGUUCAGAUGAAGGGUUCGCAGGCGGACCUUCAAACCUCCAGAUCCCUCCCUUAGUGAAAGAAUAAACUCAAUGAAAAUAGUAACAAAAUGUACACUUUAAAUAUUUUCUAUUUAAAUUAUUGUAACUUAAAUAAGGUAUCGUGGAAAUAAAUGUGGUUUUCAAGUCUUA